AUGGCUUUGAAUGGCUCAGCAAACUUCGUCGGUUGGAACGAUUCCGAAGGUGAGAUUCGACGCAACUGGGGUUCAAGACGACUGCGAUUUCUAGCCAAAAAAUAUAACCUGAAUCAACAUCAUGCCCUCAGCGAAGCGCGAUCUAUUGAACCUGCCGUACAUUAUGACGUCGUUGAUCACCCUGGUCGUUCAUCUCCCGUUACAGAAUGGAGUCACACCCAGCCGUCGGGACGCACUGACCAGGCAUUCUCUUUCCCUUAUGGUGCAACUCCAACUGCGUAUGAUGGCACUACUCCAGGUUCUAUAGCUCGUAGCCUUAGUCAAGCUAGCGAUUCAUAUGUUCGUCCUCGCUUUGAAAGACGUGAAUCAGCUGCUCGAGUGGCCUAUGGUUCAGCAGCGAGUGUUGCGAAACGCGGUGUCGUCGACAGCCAGCGCAUGCAUCGUGUACGGCUUUCCUCGAGACAAUCUUUCGAUGUGGAUUCGCUACAGUCCGACAGAGCCGGCUCACCUGCUUCUGUGGAAGCCGACCAAGGCACUGAACCUUUUUCUAGGGCAAUGGACAUAGAUGGCUCUGCUGGCUUACGAAUGGCUGGAGAAGAGAUCACCCACAGAACUGCUUCGCCAAUUAUCGAAGAAUCAGCGAGUGAUAUAUUUUUUGAGCAAGAGGUGCGAAACGAAACAAUUCUUUUCGUAGGUCAUGUCUUGCACAACUCUUGCAGUAUCGUUGUUCCAAGUUUCGAAUGUGCAGUUUACAAGGCGUGA